AUGUACCAGUUGUGGAAAGAUAAAGAAUUAUGUGAUGUCAGCUUGUCGGUAGAAGGAGAGAUCAUAUUAGCUCAUCGAAUUGUCCUUGCUGCACUUAGUCCAUACUUCAAGGCAAUGUUCUGCUCACAACUUAACGAAAAGAAGAAGUUUCAGAUCGUUAUACAAGAUCUCAAUCCCCAAGCUGUGAAAAUCAUCGUAGAGUUUGCCUACACUGGCAGUUUAGAUGUGACCGAAGACACUGUUCAGGUUGUGAUGCAGACAGCUACAAUGAUGCAGAUACCAGCUGUGGAGAAACUAUGUAGCUCUUUUUUGGUGAAGAAUCUCCAUCCUUCUAACUGUUUAGGAAUCAGAGACUUUGCUCAUGUGAUGGCAUGUUUUGAGCUGAAAGAUACUGCUGACAAAUACUGCGAGGAGAAUUUUUCAGAAGUGUCUCAACAUGAAGAGUUUUUAAAGCUUGAAGUUGAAGAGGUUAUUGGAUUUAUAUCAAGGGACAGCUUGAAGGUGGCCAAAGAGGAGGAGGUUUAUGCUGCAGUGAUGCGAUGGGUUGCUUAUGAUCCUGAGCGCAGCAAAGAUGAUGUGUCAUUACUUAUGGAGCAUGUGAGACUUCCUCUUGUCCAGUGGGAUUUCUUGAUCAAGGAAGUCAGCAAGGAUAAGUUGUUUGUUACAAACAAAGACUGCCGCCAGUACUUACAGCAAGCACGAGCCUUCCAGGCCAGUUCUUUUCACCCAGACUUGAUCAACUUUGCGUUCAACGAAGCAAUUACCAGGUCUCAGCCACGUGCAUUUUUUUCUGCUGCAGAUCGCCUUUAUUUGAUAGGUGGUGAAUCAGCAAGCAGAGAAAUUCUGUCAGAAUUCGAAAGCUUCAACCCUUUCACGAAUCAGUCCAAACAAUUGCCUCCCUUACCAGAAGCAAAAAGGAGCUUGGGUGCCGCAAUUGUUGGUAAAAUAAUUUAUGCAAUCGGUGGUGCCACAAUCUCAGGAAGUUCUCGCACUGUGCAUGCAUUUGACAUUGACAAACAGCAGUGGCAGAGUCGUGGCUCUCUGUGUGAAGCUAGGAGCAGUGUUGUGGUGUCGGUUGUUGGUGGAGAGAUCAUAGCCUUGGGAGGUCAUGGCAGUGAGGGUGUCUUGUCCUCAGCAGAAACUUAUGAUGUGGAGCUAAAUUCGUGGUCUCUACUAGAAAUGUUGGAAGCUCGAAGUAUGGCGGCGGCAGCUGUAAUUGAUUUCCGGCUUUACCUUUGUGGAGGUUACAAUGGCUGUGAGGAUCUUCAGUCUUGUCAUGUUCUAGACACUAAGGUGCAUCAGUGGUCACAUUGUGCCAACAUGUUGGAACCACGAUCUUUAUUAGGAGCCGCAGCUCUGGGCAACAGAGUUUAUGUGGCGGGGGGAUGCAGCCAGGAUAAAUGUUUAAGCAGCGUGGAAAUGUUCAACCCAAGUACCAAUGAGUGGACACUGGUCAGGUCACUGACAGGACCGCGUCGUGGACUGGGCCUCACUGCCUUUGGAGACAUGCUGUUUGCUGCAGGUGGACAUGAUGGCAAGACCUUACAAGGAACCAUCUUGAAGUACAGUCCUCACACAAAUGAAUGGUCUUGUGUGGGAAACAUAAUUACAAGUAGAGGAAGAUUUGGCUUUUUAUAA